AUGGCUUCAGACGCUUUACGGUUCCCGUCAAUCGACGAGACGCUCAACCACCCGGCGUAUCCCGGCGCCAAAUGGGACCUCAUACCCGACAGCCAAGGCAAGGCGUCGGUCGCAAAGGACCGCUCGGGGCCGAUUGACAUUGCCUGGCAGAUUCACGGUCACGGGCCCAUCAAGAUUGUGCUCAUCAUGGGCCUCGCCGCCAGCAUGAACGCCUGGCAACGACAAACGUGCUACUUUGGACACGACCACGCCGACCAGUACACCAUGCUCCUCCUCGACAACCGCGGCGUCGGCACGUCGGACAAGCCCCUCGCGCGGUACACGACGACCGAAAUGGCCGCCGACGUGGUCGAGGUGCUCGACCACCUCGGCUGGACGGCGCCGCGCUCGCUGCACGUCGUGGGGCUGUCCCUCGGCGGGAUGAUUGCGCAGGAGCUCGCGUGCGCGCACCCGCGCCGCCUCGCCAGCCUGUCGCUGCUGUGCACCACGGCGUGUCUCGAGAGCGACCGCCCCGUGCUCGAGACGCUCUGCGACCGCUUCCACCUGCUGCGGCCCAAGUCGCUCGCCCGCAUCGUGCACGAUACCGCCGAGCGGCUGUUUCCGCAGGCGUGGCUCGCGGCGCCGGACGAGGCCGCGGGCUUGCCGUCGCCGCACACGACGAGGCGGUGCGGGCCGGCGCCUGUGUCGAGGAUGAUGGCGGCGGCGGCGACGGGCGCAGGAGAAGACGCAUCAGCGACGAUGCUGAGGCCGAAUGACAGCGGUGUGGACCUCUCCCCGCAGUCCGAGGGCGGCUUCAUGGCGGAAGCCCUCGAAAAGGGACUCGACCUUGAUGGCGUAGGCGGCGGCGGCGGGACUGAGGCGGCGUCCGCGGGCGCGUACCGCCGCUUCGGCAGCAACUACCAGCGGUACCAGGCCGAGGAGCUGACCAAAUACUACCCGCCCAACGUCUUUUCGCGGCAGGGCCUGCUGUGCCAGCUGGCCGCCGUCGUCGGCCACCGCAAGUCCGCCUCGCAGCUGCGCACCAUGGCCGAGCAGGUCGGCCGCGAGCGCAUCCUCGUCGUGCACGGCACCGACGACCGCAUGAUUGGCGCAAACAAUGGCGAGAAGCUCAUUCGCUUGAUCAAGCCCGGCGUAGGGCUGAUUGUCGACGGCAUGGGCCACGCGCCCAUCAUGGAGCGCGCGGCGUGGUUCAAUGAGCUGAUGGAGACGAGGCUGGCGGCGUGGUCCCGGAUGGAUACAGAUUCCAAGAUGUAG